AUGCCAAGAGAAAUCAUCACAAUCCAAGCCGGCCAGUGCGGCAACAACGUCGGCAGUCAGUUUUGGCAGCAACUGUGCCAGGAACAUGGUAUCAGCGCAGAUGGAAACCUAGAGGAACAUGCGACUGAGGGCGCGGCCGGAGAUCGCAAGGAUGUUUUCUUCUACCAGAGUGACGACACCCGAUACAUUCCCCGAGCGAUUCUGCUCGACCUAGAACCCAGAGUCCUCAAUGGAAUACAAACAGGCCCUUACAAAAACAUUUACAACCCCGAGAACUUCUUUGUCGGACAGCAAGGUAUCGGAGCUGGUAACAAUUGGGGUACUGGAUAUGCCGCCGGAGAAGGUGUGCAAGAAGAGAUCUUCGACAUGAUCGACCGAGAAGCAGACGGAAGUGAUUCACUAGAGGGCUUUAUGCUUCUACACUCAAUCGCCGGUGGUACAGGUUCUGGACUGGGAAGUUUCAUCCUAGAGCGCAUGAACGACCGCUUCCCGAAGAAGCUCAUCCAAACAUAUUCCGUCUUCCCGGACACACAAUCCGAUGUCGUUGUCAAUCCUUAUAACAGCUUGCUCGCCAUGCGAAGAUUGACUCAGGAUGCCGAUUCCGUGGUGGUCUUGGACAAUGGUGCUUUAUCACGCAUUGUCGCGGACCGACUCCACGUCCAAGAACCGUCCUUCCACCAAACCAACCAGCUCGUGUCAACGGUCAUGUCAGCAUCUACCACCACUCUACGAUACCCCGGGUACAUGCACAACGACCUUGCCGGCAUCAUCGCCUCGCUCAUCCCCACUCCUCGCAGUCAUUUCCUCCUUACCUCCUACACGCCAUUUACAGGUGCCAACAUCGAGCAAGCCCGAACAGUGCGCAAGACCACUGUCCUGGAUGUGAUGCGUCGCCUCCUGCAACCCAAGAACCGCAUGGUUUCCGUCAACCCCAGCAAGUCCAGUUGCUACAUUAGUAUUCUCAACAUUAUCCAGGGCGAGGCUGACCCGACCGACGUGCAUAAGUCGCUGCUGCGCAUUCGGGAGCGCCGACUCGCAUCGUUCAUCCCCUGGGGCCCGGCCAGUAUCCAGGUCGCGCUUACGAAAAAGUCCCCUUACAUUGAGGAAACCGGGCACCGGGUCAGCGGUCUCAUGUUGGCCAAUCACACCUCGGUUGCGACGCUCUUCAAGCGCAUCGUCCAGCAUUAUGACAAGCUCCGCAAGCGCAAUGCUUUCUUGGAGCAAUACAAGAAGGAAGCCCCCUUCGCCGAUGGGUUGGGCGAGUUUGACGAGGCCCGGGCAGUGGUGAUGGAUCUGAUCGGCGAGUAUGAGGCAGCCGAAAAGGACAAUUACCUAGACCCAGAUGCAGGCAAGGCAAACGAGCUCGGAGUAUGA